UUGCGCGCGAGUGCAGGUGCAACAGCUCUCCCAGCAGUCGUUACACACGGACCGAAUACCGCUUGCGUUCACCACACUCGCGCGUAAAGAAACUCCGGCGCUGAGAGAACCUGCCGGGAUAUUCGCCGAGAAACAAACGAACACUUGUUCAGUCUCGUGCCGCUGAUUCUGACACCGAGCCGAAGAUGAUUUCCAGCUUGGACGUAGCGUCGGUCUUCCCGCGGUGAACAACGCUCGUUUUUGGUGGAGAACGCGCAGUUUUUGGGACACUUGAAAAGAGCCUCGGUGCUUUGAUUUGUUUGUAGAUAACCGUUAUCUACUUCGCGCGCAGUGUUAAUACGGACGAGCGCGCGCGGAGCGGACACUCUUCACAUGCUGAGCCAUGGAGAAGCUAACUUCAGCAAAACUUCGCACCUGCCUGUCAGUGUUCACGUUUCUGUGCUGUAUCUCAGGUGACCUGGCCCAACUUCAGCUGCCUCAGAAAAAUGUAGAAGUGAUCAAAGGGAAGAUGGUAGUGCUGCAGGCUUCUUACACUGGUGUGCAGAUUGAGAAAAAUACAGUGGUCUGGAACUACAUGUCCGGCAGCACAGAAAUGGUUAUCUCAUACGUCGGUGGAGGCUUAAGUCAUAGCACUUCCCAGUUCGCAGGCCGAGUCGGUUUUGUGCAUGCUAUGCCCAACACUAACCUGUCCCUGUACAUUAACAACACCAAAGCGUCAGACUCGGGGAAGUACAUGUGCCAGGUCAUUAUCCCAGGCGUCACGGGACCCACCGGAGAUGUCACCCUUAAUGUUAAAGUCCCUCCUUCAGUGCCGGUUUGUCAAGUUAAAGGAAGACCGGUUCUUAAAGGGAACAUCACUCUAGCGUGUAAUUCUAAUGAUGGUAAACCUGCCCCAGAAUACAAGUGGACCAAGACCAGCCCCACUUCAGAGGUCUUCUUUCCUCCUGCGCAAAAUGAAACGGCAGGAACAUUAAAGCUGAACAAUCUGAGCAGCAAUAUGUCAGGAAAAUACAUGUGCACUGCAUCUAACUCUGCAGGAGUGGAGACAUGCUACAUCAACCUGGAGGUCAUCACAUCGACCAAUGCUGGAAUGAUCGCUGGUGUCACCGUUGGUUGUAUUGUGGCUCUCAUCCUCAUCAUCCUCUUCCUCUUCUUCAUGUGGACAAAACGGAAAGACACAGAGGAGGAUUUAGCCAAUGAAAUCAAAGAGGAUGCCCAGGCUCCCAAACGCGUCUCGUGGGCCAAGAGUGGCACCGGAUCUGACAUCAUCUCUAAAAACGGCACCCUGUCCUCCAUUCACACCAGCUCUUACCCACGAGACACCCAGAACCACCACCACUACCCUCACUCCGACACGGCGUCCAUUCUCACGGCCACGGGCAGCACAGCCGGCUACCGCUCGCAGCCUCCAGCGGACUCCACCCUGGAGCGCACGUUGCCGGGCUACAACACCAACCCCACCCCGCCCCGUGGACCCUUGGGACCCCCCAGCACCAAUGGAGGCUCCCAGCACACCUCAGUGCCCCGGCCAGCCUCCGCCCAGCCUCAGAUUCCACGUCCACCCGUGCUUCCCACCACCGUAACUGCUGCCAACAUCUCCCGCAUGGGAGGGAUACCCAUCAUGGUGCCAGCGCAAAACCAGGCUGGCUCACUGGUGUAGGGCUGAACAUUUCUUCUGAGGAGGACAUCAUGUCUGCCGUUCCACAAACUGAAGCACACUGGAAAAGAUGAAUCGGAACCGAUGAGCUUUUUGCCUCUGUAUGGAAACUGUAUGAUGUAAUUUUCUUUAUUUACGUUUUUUAUUUUGUUUAAAUACAAAAAAAACUACGCAGAUUCUAUGUAAAGAUGCUCAUUUUAUUGUUUUAUAGUUUUUUACUGUACAAAGUAUUAUAAAUCCUCUGCUUUCUAUAGAGUGGAACUUGUUUAUCUGUAAACAAAGACACUGAUCAAAAAGCAAACAUGUUGGAAUAUCAGCGCUGUUAGAUCGCUAACUUGCCUUGAUGAAAACAAAUGAAAGGUCUAUUCCACAUUAUUUACGGACACUCAUUAUGAAUAAUUAAGUUUAUAUAUGUUUAAUACAUACGCGAUCAGUCCACCUUAUUUUUUUAUUGCAGAAGUAAGCUAUUGAGUUUGAAUGGCUGCACGCACUCUUAUGAGAAAAUUAAGGUGGAUAGCAUAUGUUUCAUAGCAGCAUAUGUUAAGGGAAUGUCGAGGACAUCACUUAAAAUGUGACGUAUUAAGUUGCUAUAUUUGCCUUUUAAAUGUUUUUUGGCCAAAUAUUUAGAAAAAAACCCUGUUUUGUUAUGUCUUAGAGACGUGUGGUAGUGUAGAAUUUAGUGGUAUCCUAAUUUAUAUAGCUUUCGUACCCCAUUAUGGUAUUUUAAAACUAAUGUAUUGUACUGAAUAUGUAAACUAUAAUUAAACAUUCCUUCACCUUACUGUAAAUAAGGUAUUUAUUUCUCAUUCUAGAUCUGUGGUCAUUUCAUAAUUUUGCCGCAAAGAAGUUCAUGAUUUUUCUGGUUUACUGGAUACAAGAGAGUUUCUGCUUGAUGUGUGUAUACUGGCUUUCCUUGUCAUUCUUAUCGGCAUUGUACCAGAGCACUGCUAGUGCUACUACAGUUGAAGAUGAUGAAUUCUAACGGAAUUAAUGGUAGCUUAAGAUAUAUGACAAGCAGACAGGCAUUUAUGAGGCAAAUAAAGGUCAUAAGGAUAAAACAUCCAGUUUCCAGGAAAUAAAUGCACCAAUGAAGCUCAAAUGUGGUUGUAUUUAUUAUCACUGAACAUCCCAGUUUUACUCAAAAAUAAGUCCUGUUGUGAAAGUAAAACGGGUUGCAAAUGGCAGUUCCUGGUCAUUUUAAGCAUACAAUACAAUAAAUCACAAUAAGUAUGCCAAAAAAAAAAAAAAAAAAAUCAUGUAUAUUUGAUUUAUUAUUAUUUUACCACAUAUUUCUUUAAAUGCUUCUUAAACCACUGCUGUAAUUUUUUUUAUGUUGUAUGUAGAGUGCGACCGACUGUUUUUCAAGCACAAACGGUUUUAUUUUAUUAGAAAUGUUUUAUUGUCUGUACCCAUGUCAAUCUUUUUGUCAUUGCAGAACAGACCACCUCAAACUGUUCCGUAUAUAUGACUAUUUACUGUCAGCAGACAUGAAAACACUUUGUAUUCAUAUUUUUUGAUUAAAAGAAACCGGCUGUAAA